CUGCAAUAAAGGUUGCUGAUUAUUUACAAACUUACCGUAAAUAGUGUAUUUGACAACAUUCCAAUAUUAUGACGGACACGGAGGAGGCACAAGCGACCGCUUCAACGUCGACCACAACCACAACACCCACCGAAAAGGACGCAGCGAAAAUUUGCGUUUUGCUCAAUGCAACUGGCAAUGUUCCGAUUAUUAAAAAACGUACUUGGACCGUGGAUCCCAACAAGACUGUUAGCUGGAUACAAAAGUUUAUACACAAAUUCCUCAAGCUGGACGCCAAUGAACAAAUUUUUCUAUAUGUAAAUCAGACUUUUGCACCUGCGCCGGAUCAGAUAAUUAAAAACCUGUACGAAUGCCAUGGUACAAAUGGCAAGUUGGUUCUCUAUUACUGCAAGAAUCAGGCAUGGGGCUAAAUCGAUGCGCACCAGUCUAAUUCUAAGUAUUUAUUUGUCUACCGUUAAAAGUUUUAUGUUAUUUAAUUUGUAUGAGUU